GGGGGCAGCCGGGACCGACCGACUGAGGGACGGACGGACCAUUAGGGCGCGCUCCGCCUCCUCCGCCUCCUCCGCCUCCUCCUCCUCCUCCUUUUUCUUCUUCUCCUCUUUCUCCUCGUCGUCGUCGUCGCCGCCCCUGAGGAGAAAGCGGGGGCGAGGACGCCGAGCGCUUCGCCGCCGCCUGCGGUCCGGCUGAGCGAGCCCGAGGAGAGGCGAGGGGAGACAGGAGCCAUGGCCCUGGACGGGAUAAGGAUGCCAGAUGGCUGCUACGCCGAUGGGACGUGGGAACUGAGCGUCCAUGUGACAGACCUCAACCGAGAUGUGACGCUGCGAGUGACGGGCGAGGUCCACAUCGGAGGGGUGAUGCUCAAGUUGGUGGAGAAACUCGAUGUCAAAAAAGAUUGGUCGGACCAUGCCUUGUGGUGGGAGAAGAAGAGAACGUGGCUUCUCAAAACUCACUGGACUUUAGACAAAUAUGGUAUACAAGCUGAUGCUAAGCUCCAGUUCACACCUCAACACAAACUGCUCCGCCUCCAACUUCCCAACAUGAAGUACGUGAAGGUGAAAGUGAAUUUUUCCGACCGAGUCUUCAAAGCCGUUUCUGACAUCUGCAAGACUUUCAAUAUCCGACAUCCUGAAGAGCUCUCACUCUUGAAAAAACCCAGAGAUCCCACAAAGAAGAAAAAGAAAAAACUAGAUGACCAGUCGGAAGAUGAGGCGCUUGAACUAGAGGGACCGUUGAUUACUCCUGGAUCGGGCACUGAUGUUCUUUACAUUGGCCCUCUGAAAGGAAGCAUAUAUUCGAGCCCAGGACUCUAUAGUAAAACAAUGACUCCAACUUACGACGCUCACGACGGCAGCCCCUUAUCGCCAACUUCGGCGUGGUUCGGAGACAGCGCUUUAUCAGAAGGCAAUCCUGGCAUACUCGCUGUUAGCCAGCCAAUCACGUCACCGGAAAUCUUGGCCAAAAUGUUCAAGCCACAGGCACUCCUCGAUAAGGCAAAGAUCAACCAAGGGUGGCUGGAUUCCUCGAGGUCGCUCAUGGAGCAAGAUGUGAAGGAAAAUGAGGCCUUGCUGCUCCGGUUCAAGUAUUACAGCUUUUUUGAUUUGAAUCCGAAGUACGAUGCAAUCAGGAUCAACCAACUUUAUGAGCAGUCCAAAUGGGCCAUUCUUCUAGAAGAGAUUGAAUGUACAGAAGAAGAAAUGAUGAUGUUCGCAGCCCUGCAGUAUCACAUCAAUAAAUUAUCCAUCAUGUCGUCAGAAAAUCAUUUGAACAACAGUGACAAAGAGGUUGACGAAGUGGAUGCGGCCCUUUCUGACUUGGAGAUUACUUUGGAAGGGGGUAAAACAUCUACCAUUCUGGGUGACAUCACUUCCAUUCCUGAACUUGCUGACUACAUAAAAGUUUUCAAGCCAAAGAAGCUGACCCUCAAAGGUUACAAGCAGUACUGGUGCACCUUCAAAGACACAUCUAUUUCGUGCUACAAAAGUAAGGAGGAAUCCAGUGGAACCCCAGCUCACCAAAUGAACUUGAGAGGAUGCGAGGUUACUCCUGACGUAAACAUAUCUGGCCAGAAAUUUAAUAUUAAACUCCUGAUUCCGGUGGCAGAGGGGAUGAAUGAAAUCUGGCUUCGUUGUGAUAAUGAGAAGCAGUACGCCCAUUGGAUGGCAGCCUGCAGAUUGGCCUCCAAGGGCAAGACCAUGGCCGACAGCUCGUACAAUCUGGAAGUUCAGAACAUUCUCUCCUUCCUGAAGAUGCAGCAUUUGAACCCAGACCCUCAGUUAAUAACUGAGCAAGUCACAACAGAUAUCAACCCUGAAUGCCUGGUGUCCCCUCGCUACCUAAAAAAAUACAAGAAUAAGCAGGAAAAAGGAUGCAAAAAGCAGAUGCCAGGCUAUAUAAGAGACUUGAUCACAGCAAGAAUCCUGGAGGCCCAUCAGAAUGUAGCUCAGAUGAGUCUCAUUGAAGCCAAGAUGAGAUUUAUUCAAGCUUGGCAGUCUUUACCGGAAUUUGGCAUCACACAUUUUAUUGCAAGGUUCCAAGGGGGUAAGAAAGAAGAACUGAUUGGCAUCACUUAUAAUAGACUAAUCCGAAUGGACGCCAGUACCGGAGACGCAAUUAAAACGUGGCGGUUCAGCAACAUGAAACAGUGGAACGUCAACUGGGAAAUCAAAAUGGUGACUGUAGAGUUCGCCGACGAGUUACGGUUGUCUUUCAUUUGUACUGAGGUGGAUUGCAAAGUGGUCCACGAGUUUAUCGGCGGCUACAUCUUCCUGUCGACACGCGCAAAAGACCAAAAUGAAAGUUUAGACGAAGAGAUGUUCUACAAACUUACCAGUGGUUGGGUGUGAGUUGUGCGGUGUAAAACGAAACUCCAUGGCCAUAGCGAUAUUUAACUACAAAAGCUGUUAUUUGAAAUAUGCUGCUUAAUAAAGUAAGCUUGAAAAUGUA